CCUGGGCUGUUGUGGAAAUUGAGAAUAAUUCGUCUUGGACCUGGUUUCUUGAGUUACUAAAGCAAGACCUCAAUAUUGAAGAACCUGAAGACUGGACUAUUAUCAGUGAUCAACAAAAGGGUCUAGCUAAUGUGAUUCAAGAUGUAUUUGGAGGGGUGGAACACAGAAACUGUGCAAGACACAUACACGCAAAUUGGAGCAAAAAACAUAAGGGUUUGGUUUUGAAAAAGCUUUUCUGGAGGGUUGCUAAGUGUACAUCUCAAGAAGAAUUGCAGGUUACUUUAGACGAGUUGGACAAACAGGACACACAGGCUGGACAGGACUUGCGCAAAUACCCUAUGAAGUUGUGGUGCAAAGCUUAUUUCCGUACAUCAGUGAAGUGUGACAGUGUGGACAAUAAUCUAUGUGAGGCAUUCAACAGCACUCUUCUUAGUUGCAGAUCAAAGCCACUUAUUCCAAUGUUAGAAGAGAUGAGGGUAGCAAUGAUGAAAAGGAUUGCAAGAAAAAAGAAAGCAGUAGACAAAUGGGCAGGAAACUUUGGUCCUCUAAUCUUGAAGAAGCUGAAUAAGAACAUUGUAGCCAGUGAAGGGUGGCAUGUUGACUUUAAUGGAGAUGAUGGGUACGAGAUAAAGAAGGGAAGACAUCAAUUUAAAGUCAAACUACAAGGGAGAUCAUGCUCUUGCAGAAGAUGGGAUGUAUCAGGUAUACCUUGUGCACAUGCAGUAUGUGCUAUACUGGACCAUGGUCAAAACCCUGAAGAAUAUUUGGAAAGCUGCUACUCUAAAGAAAUGUUUGUCAAAACAUACUCACAUACCUUGCAGCCCAUCAAUGGUGAGAUGUUUUGGCCCAGGUCAGCAAAUGAUGAAGAUAUUCAAGCCCCAUUGCCCAAGAAAAUGAGUGGAAGGCCAAAAAAGAAAAGAAUUCGUGAAGAAACAGAAGUUCCAUCGGGAACUCAGCUCUCCAGAAAGGGAAGAAUCAUGUGUUGUUCAGUUUGCAAACAAGAAGGACAUAACAGGUCAUCAUGUCCAUCCAACACUCAACCUGCACAGAAAGGGCUGAAGAGGGGUCCACGUGGACCAAGG